GACUCGGAAGCUGUUCGUCGGGACGCAACAAUGAUGUGGCUGCAGCAAGUGGUUCUUCCUCUCAUCAGACUGUAUAUGUGCGGCAUUAAAGUUCUUCUCUAUCAGAUGUUCAACAGAUCUUUCACGCUGCCAGUCUUACCCACGCAAAAUGGAAGGGUGGCCAUUGUGACGGGGGGUACCAGAGGAAUGGGUUUAGAGACGGCGAGACGCCUGGCAAGCCUUGGCAUGCAUGUUAUCAUAGCUGGCAACGAGAGAGAAGAAGGUACAGAAGCCGCCCGGAAGAUAAAUGAGGAAGGCCAUGAGGGAAGAGCUGAGUUUAUGUUUAUGGACCUGACGUCACUGAAGUCAGUGAAGCAGUUUGUUCAGACGUUCAGAAACAGAGGUCUACCCCUCCAUGUCCUGGUUAACAAUGCCGGGACCAUGCUGAUUUCUGAGACACAGACGGAGGACGGCUUCGAGUUCCACUUCUGCCUCAACUACCUGGGCCAUUUCCUGCUGACCAACCUGCUGCUGGACCUGCUGAAGAGGUCCGGGCGACAGGGCUGCUGCUCCAGAGUCAUCAACAUGUCCUCCGCCACACACUUUUCAGGAGUCCUGCAAAUGGAUGACUUGAACAGGAGGAUCUGCUACAGUUCCCACGGGGCCUACUCUCAAAGCAAGUUGGCCCUCGUCCUCUUCACCUACCACCUGCAGGAGCAGCUGACAGCCGGCGGCUUUCCGGUUACCGUCAACGCCGUGGACCCCGGUAUGGUGGACACGGCACUGUACGACAACCUGAGUAGCCUUGCAAAGGUGCUGAAGAGACCGGUGGCCAAGAUCCUGUUCAGGACUCCAGCCGAGGGUGCAUCCGUGACCGUCUACGCUGCAGCGGCCUCUGAGAUGGAGGGGGUGGGGGGCUGUUACCUGUAUAACGGCGAGAAGACUCAGUCCUCUGACCUCUCCUACGACCCUGAGCUGCAGGUGGAGCUGUGGAAGAAGAGCUGUGUGCUCGUGGGCCUCCAGGAGGCCUGACACUCUGCUGGGACGGAGCCAGCGCCUCACUGUGGUUUGACUGUCCACAGCUGCUUAAAUAAUUUGUUUUACAAAUAUAGCUUGAGUGAAGAAACUUACUUCUCCCUCAAUUAUUAUUAAUUAUUAUUUUUAUUAACAGGAGCAAAAGCAAAUACCUGUAAAGAAAAACACAAAUAUUUAGUUCUUCUUGUCUGAUCUGAUAAAGAUGCCAGAAUAACUUAAACAGCACAUACUAACUUAAUAACUUAAAUAAUAACUAACUUAUUAACUAACUAAAUUUUAUCAUUUGACCCAUUGAUCUCGUACUCUGUUUACACUUUGUGAUCGCUCUGCUGCCCAAAUCUUAACCACAUCUGAUCCUGGGCUGAUUGUAGGGUAAGGGUUAGGUGACAAUCUGCUUCUUAGUUUCCCUCCGAGAGCUCACGACAGUGUUUCAUUAGCAGAGGGAAAUCCAAUCCGUUCCCAGACCACCACGUGUAAUCCUGUAAACGCCCUUUUACAGCGUAAGUAAAAAAAUCUUGUGUUUAAAGAAACAAAAUCAUGCCAAAACGUUGAGUUUGUUUCAUAAUCACAGACAGCCUGAGCUCAUAAGUGACCUAAAUGCUUCAUCAGUGCCUGUUAGUCUACAGAUGUUGUACUUUUGUUGUUUUUAUAUAUAUAUUAUAUUCUGGCACUGUCUCCAUGAAUUUUCCACAGGUGGCCUAAUGUGAUGUGAAACUACUGAAAACUUUGGAGGGGUGGGGACUUUUAGCCUUACUGAAAACAUUCAUUAUGAAUCAGCCAUUAUAUUUGGUAGCAUAUAAAAAAAAUCGAAUAGCCCCCACAAACUGUAGUUUCAGUUCAAUUCAAUUCAAUUUUAUUUGUAUUGCGCCAAAUCACAACAUACAUUGUCUCAAGGCACUGUACAUAGUGAGGUCAAUAUUACAAUAUUACAGGGAAAACCCAACAAAUCCCACAAUGACCAAAGCACUUGGCAACUGUGGAGAGAAUAAAAACUCCCUUUUACCAGGAAGAUAUCUCUGACAGAACCGGACUCGGUUGUGGGCGGUCGUCUGUCUCGACCGGUUGGGGUGAGGAGAGAGAUGGGGGAGGGAGCAGCGGUGGGAGAAAAGAGGGAGAGAGGAGAGACAGAGACAGAGAUAAAUUUGUACAACCGCCGCUUUAAUCUCUACCAGACUGAUACUUAUAAUUACAAAAAUAAUACUGACAUUUAUAGAUGCAAUUAUGUUAUUAAUUGUUGAAUGUACAAACCGUUUGCUGAAGGCAAACAUGUUGUUGUUGUAGUAGAUUGUGGGUACAUAUUAUUAUUAUUAUGGUUGUUAUUAUUACUAUUAUCAUCAGUAUUAUCAUCUUUAUUUACUUGAUUGUAUCAUUUAAGCCUUUUUUUUCUUUCUCUCUGGUCAUUACGAUUCCAUGAAAAGAACAAAACCAACACCGGUACAGUAUUCUGCCCGAAAUGUGGAUUAAUCCACCUUUUGAAAAGUCCCCAACAAAUGCACUUAACGAAAUGUUGGUUUGUGUUUCCUCACGUUGUUUGUUCACAACAAGAACCUUUCAGUAAUUUCUGUGUUGAUCAGUUUUUCGGAUAUGUUGAGAUGUGUUUCUAAAUGCUUGGUCAUAGCAGCUGAUGAAUUUUGGAUGUGUAUUUUCUAAGCAGUGUGAUUUUCACUACACUGAAUAUACGUGAUUCUUUUACUGCUUGAAUCUGAUUUUAGAAUAAUCAGGCAGUGCAACCUAAUAUGUGAAAUGACUGUGAGCUGCCACAUGAGUUCAUGACAAGAAGUUCUUCCUUUUCAAUACUGUGACACUUGUCUGCUGAUUUUCAGAAUACCACUAUGAAUGUAGAGAUCAAAAUAACACAAGCCUUCAAAGAUUCAACACAAGGUUAUGGAUCAAUUGUGAUUGGUUGGAUUCAACAUAAUUGUAUCCAAUCAGCAAAGGUCUAUGUGAGCCAUGUGUGACUGUCCUCCGUCUGUGCGUCAGUUACUGUUUAUAAUAAUUUAAGUGUUUAUCGCUGCUUUUCUUUGCAUUGUGAUUAUUGUUUAUUGUCAUCGCCACUCUACGACGUGCAAUACAUUUCAGUCGAAGCUGUAUUCCAAUCACGACCAAACUGUCAAUCAGAACACACUGCAAAUGGCGUCUUCUUCCUGUGGGUUCAUGUGUAGUCUUCUGAAUAUUUGGUCUGUUUGGUCUCAGACUGAGAGAGAUGAUUGCUUGGAGCAAGACCACAUGAACUAAUAAAAACUACCUUUGAGAUGCCAAAGCA